UUCUGUCUCUUCACCAACCUCCGGCUCCCCUCUCCAAUACCACCUCUGUUGUGCAAGCCCUAGCGAGAUCGUAGCACUCUUGCCGCUACCAUUCGGCACGCGCCCUGCAUGCCAGGCGCAGGUCCAGUCUGGUUCGGUCUCCGAGUUGGUGUGGCCGUCGGUGGCGGACUCGGAAACACGGCCCGCCCUACCGGAGACGGAGUCGGACACCCCCAUACAGCCGGCCGGGUAUAAAUGUACAUAACCCAGCCUCCUCCCCUCCAUUGACAACAGGGGUCGCUUGACAAAAUCGCGCACGCACGCACGCACAGGAAGGUAGGGAGAGCGAUGGCGACGGCGCUUCGACACGCGGCGAUGAGGCUGGGCGGCGGCGGCGCAUGGGCGAAGCUGCUGCCAAGGAGGCUCGUCCACGGCGGCGCAAGACCCGCUGCGGCCGCCGCGGCGGACGGCAAGACCCGCGCCCUGGACCUGAUCAAGCAGAAGAGGGAGGAGCUGUUCGACCUGAUCGCCGACACGGAGCGGCGGUACGACACGCGCAUGACCAGGGAGGGGUUCCAGAACACCCGGAUGCUCCAGCAGCUCGCCGUGCAGAUCAAGCCCAGGCCCAACGACCCGCUCUGGCGCUCGAAGCGGAACUCGAAGCUGGCCAACGAUUACCUGGGCCUUACGGGGGCUUGCGUGGCGGGCUACAUGUUCACGAAAAAAUGGCUUCAUUCCGACAAGGAGGCGGCGGAGGAGACGAUGCCAGAUCCGCAUGUCUAGGAAAAGAAAAAUGCUCAGUGGUUCAUAUUUUUUAGGAUCAAAUUAUUAUUAUUAUUUGUAAAAAUAACAGGCAUAUUAUAAAGAUU